GCUAUGUAUAAAUAACAAGUGGACCGCGAAGAAAGUCACAAAGUGGCUCUUUUACAUCAAAUCAGGGAUAAAUAACAUGUUUUUGGAACAUAAGCGCGUAUCAUUUCGUGAGAAAUACUAGAUUCUUUAAACGGAAUGGCGGACGCAGUAGCAGCCCCGAAGUCCAAAGUAAAGACUCCCAAAAAGUCUAAAGAAAAACCUACGGAGCCUGUUCCUCUAAAGAAGAGACCUUUCAAAAGGCAUGGACGACUUUAUGCCAAAGCCAUUUUCACUGGAUACAAACGAGGCCUACGUAAUCAACAUGAGCACACCGCCCUCCUUAAAAUAGAAGGGGCUAGAACUAAACGAGACUCCGACUUCUAUAUUGGAAAGCGUUGUGUCUAUGUCUAUAAGGCAAAAAAUAAGACGCCAGUUCCAGGAAAAACUACAAAGAAAACGAAAGUAAGGGCUAUCUGGGGAAAGGUGACCCGUCCCCAUGGUACCAGUGGUUCUGUGAGAGCUAAAUUUAAGAGAAAUCUGCCAGCAAAAGCUAUGGGACACCGCAUCAGGAUUAUGCUGUACCCCAGUCGCAUAUAGAACUUCCCUGUAAAAUAUAAAUAAAUGCCUUUUUGGUACCAAAUUGUUAUAUUGUA